UUGUUAGCUUGUGCUUCCGAGCAGUCGAAGAAGACUAAAGACCACAUGGCAGAAGUCGCUCCCGCUCCGGCAGCCGCCACCGCCGCUCCGGCGAAGGCGGCCAAGAAGAAAGCCCCCCGAGCCAAGAAGAGCGGCCCCAGCGUCGCGGAGCUCAUCGUCAAGGCCGUGUCGGCCUCCAAGGAGAGGAGCGGCGUUUCUUUGGCAGCGCUGAAGAAGGCUCUGGUCGCCGACGGCUACGACGUGGAGAAGAACAAGGCCCGCGUCAAAGUGGCCGUCAAGAGCCUGGUAACCAAGGGCGCUCUGGUGCAGGUCAAAGGGACUGGCGCCUCCGGCUCUUUUAAAAUCAACAAGAAAGCUGACGAGGCCAAGAAACCCGCCAAGAAAGCGGUAAAAGUAAAGAAGGUAGCGCCCAAGAAGCCCGCCGCCAAGAAGGCAGCGGUGAAGAAACCCGCAGCCGCCAAGAAAUCCCCGAAGAAGGCAAAGAAACCUGCCGCGGCCAAGAAGCCCAAGAGCCCCAAGAAGGCCGCCAAAAGCCCCAAGAAGGCGGCCAAAAAGCCCGCUACUCCCAAGAAGGCCGCAGCUAAGAAGGCUGCUAAGCCCAAGACGGUCAAGCCGAAGGCGGCCAAGCCAAAGAAGGCAGUCGCCAAGAAGAAGUAGAUGGACACGUCGUCCUGAAACACCUCAAAAGGCUCUUUUAAGAGCCAACCACAGUUACAAUGAAAGAGCUUUUCGCAACAAUUCAGCUGCCGUACAAGCGUCAUAGUGCAUGCUCAAUAACCCAGGUAAGAAAGUCACCAAGUUGAAUUCAUCUGGACACAACGUUUAUUAAGACCUAUGAACGAUUAUUUGCGUUUGAACUGGGUUGCCAAGACCUCAUCUUUUGUUACAUAUUGUGUUACUCUGAAAUGAUUGACAAGACGGCUCGGUUCUCGCGUGGUUGUUUAUAGAUCAGACACUCAGCCACGACAUUGGACUGGAAGACAGCUUUGGGGCAAACGUCGCCUGGCGGCCUGUCCAGUUUGUCUCCCCGCCUGCCGCCCAGAGACUGCUGGAAAUAAGCUCCAACGACCCUCAGAGCAGGAUUAAGCAAUUCAGAUCAUGGAUGGAUGACAGCAGUGUAGCUACACAACUUCAUGUUGUCAAUUCUUUAUAUCAACCUUGUUGGUACUUGCUUAUUAGUGACUUCACUGUUGGUGUGACUGCUGCAGACUGACAUGCCAUAAUGCAACAGGCAGUGGUGACACAUUGACAAAUCAGCAAUCGGUAGAUAAACAAUCUGCAAAUUAUUGGUUUUAGUAAAUGGCUUUGGUUAAAAGCAGCUAUUAAAUGAGAAUAUAAAC